AUGAAACUUACUGAAGCAUUACUUAAGCUUGGUUUUGUUCAAAGUCAUUUGGACUACUCCUUAUUUACCAAGAAGAAUGAUGCAUCUAUUCUCAUUCUUCUUGUGUAUGUGGAUGACCUGCUUAUCACAGGUAGCAAUAUUGAUAUUAUUACUCAGACAAAAGAAAUGUUACAGAAAACCUUCAAAAUCAAGGACCUAGGUGAACUUAGAUACUUUCUAGGCAUAAAGUUUACUAGAUCAGAGAAAGGCAUACUUAUGCACCAAAGGAAGUAUACUCUAGAGAUUAUCUCUGAAGCUGGCUUAGGUGCUGCAAGACCAGCCUCUACACCUAUGGAUCCCAAUACCAAACUAACUACAAUAGAGUAUGAUGAGAUGAUAACUGCCAACAAAGGAGAAGAUGAGAAAAAAAGUAUCUCAAGUGAAGAUAAAUUGUUACAGGAUGCAGGGGUGUAUAGAAGAAUGGUAGGAAAAUUACUCUAUCUAACAGUUACCAGGCCAUAUAUCUCAUUUGCAAUUCAAACUCUAAGUCAAUUCCUUCAUCAAACUAAACAGUCUCAUCUAGAUGUUGCAAUGAGAGUAGUUAGAUAUAUCAAGGGACAGGCAGGCUUGGGAAUUCUGUUAUCCAGCAAACCAUCAAAGAAAAUGGCAGUUUUGUGUGAUGCUGAUUGGGCUACUUGCCUAAACACAAGGAGAUCUGUUUCUGGAUUUCUCAUCAAGUAUGGAGAUUAA